AUGCUCCUAGCACACAAACCACAUCCUCCGCCCUUCAUGUCGCCUAACAUAUCACAUCGUCGUCAUCCUUCGGCUCCUCCAGCAGUUGUAGUUCAAGCAACGAAAACGCCUGGCUUGCUUUUCAUCUCCAAGCAGCCUUCACGACCUUCAACUCCUCGUAACCAUCCACAGCAGCUCCCUCAGAGUCAUCAGAAACAGCAUCGGUCUCCAAAGCCGAAACAGAAACAGCUCAUCCCUCAUUCCCAGGGCCGUGCAACACAGCCUCCAAUUUCAGAGUCAUCCGAUGAACCCACCAAGCCUCCUUCACAGAAAACAACAUUUCUGAGUACCAUUAUUCGUUCGCUUCUCCUUUUUAGAAGCCCUUCUUCGAAUGCGCAAGCCCGACGCAGCAACAUUCGUCAACCGUCACCACCGAUUCUCUCGCAGGCUGAGGGUACAACAUCUUCGACGCACACUUUUACCCGUCACAACAACAAUCCCGCAUCCAAUUCUUUUGAUCCCUUUGUUGUCAGUUCCGAUUCUGAUUCGGACAACUCGCUUCCACCCAUGACUUUGACGCCCAAGAAUAUUUCUUCGCCAGCUCCUUCCUUGACGUCUCAGCCGGCCGGAAAACUUGCUGUUCGUCGCCGUCGCCCUUUCCCACAGCAAAUCGCCACACCCACCCCUUCCACUCGGGCAGUUCCUGUCCCUAGAUCUAAUAUUCAGGCCACUCGUCACAAUCUCUCUCGUUCGGCCCCCAGCCAGUCUGCUGUACCACUCCGAACUGUACGGCGCACUUCCGCCGGCUCUGUCACAGAUUUCCCGGUCUGUGAUGACACCACUGAUGUUGAUGAUAAUUCACCUCUAUCAACCCCCACUCGUGAGAGAUCCGCUGGGACUUGGCAACAGCUUACAUUCGAGGGAGGCCCCCGCACAGCACCGCUCAAUGCGAGCACAGGGUUUCCGUUUGGUGGGCAGUUGAGCUGCAACACUCCAUCUCCAUCUCGCAAACAUUUCAGAACGCCCAGUGAGGGUGUUUUUCACAUGUCCUUUGACGAGGACAUGGCAUCGGCUUCUGAUGCCUCUGAAGAUCAGAAGAAGUUGUUUGGCUUCAUGCCAAGGAAGCCUGGGUCAGUUGGACCGAGCAUCACCCGCGCUGCUAAGGACAAAGCUGGGUUCUUCGCGAGUUCAGUGUUCCAAAACUCGCCGAGUCCCGACGAGUUGCCUCCACCCGCUUUUUGAGCGGUAUUUUCAUUUCUAUCGCAUUCAUCAAGUGUAGAGGUCGGUGAUUUAAUUUUUGUGGUACAAUCUUGGAUCGUUGAACAGCGGUUAGAUUUUUCGUAUUGGCAAGCAGCCCCUAGACUAAUAUCACCUCACCACCGACAUAAUCUCCCUUUCCUUUCGCCGCGGAAUAUCCUCGAACGUAUACUGAACCUAAUACACCCUGAUCGCGAAAAAG